CUGACUGGUACCGCUAUAGAAUUCCAAUUUUUAGUGGGGAUAGGGUACAAAAUAUGAUGCAUAGUUCUUCUUUUGACGUAGACAGGGAUUGUUUUAGAGAUAGCGGUGACGUUCUCGUCACCGUUGCAGCUUUGGUUACCGAAGGACGUAUUCCCGGAAAAGUGAAUAAAUCGAAGGGAUUUUAUGAAGGUCCGCAUUGUCCCGCGGGAAAACAAACUUUGCCUCAGGAACAUAGAUGCAACGCUACCGAUAUUUUGUGCCAACAGUACAAAUCUGUUCAAAACCAGAUAUUGAAUCUUUGCAUGAAGAAUAUUCCGGUUUGCGUCGAAGUUCUUUUGGUACCCAAUUGUAAUUGUAACAAACAGGAUUCUAUUGACUCGGCUUCUGAUAACGUUUCCGGAGAAGGACUUCUUUUAGAACAAUGGCAUCUAUCGGUCAACCAACAUAGACCUUCCGACAUCUCUUCCCCUUUCACCUUCAACCAACUGAUCAACGCCGUUCGUUCUCAAUUAUACUUCUCACAAAUAUCAGCAUGGUUAUCCUCGCAGCAAGAAACAGAGGUGAAACUAACCCCGAGAAACUUCAAAUAUCGUUUGGCGAUCCCAGGAGAAACCUACCAAAUAUCCAUGUUCAACACCACAGUGACGAAACACACUUUUCCGCCCACGGAUUUAGGCAAUGGUUUUUCCCUAAAUAUUACAUUAUCCAGCUUGCCCAGGAUGUCCACGAUGCCCAACCUAAUAUGUAAAAGAUGUACUUCAAAUUCAAUCCCUAAAACAAUUCACCAGGAAGAAAGAAAAAAAUCAAAAGAUGACGAAAAAACCGGAUUAUUCGACGAUAGGAUGCAUACAAGUUGUACUUUGAUGGGCAAGCAUCGUUGCGAAGACCUAGACGAGUUCGAUCCGAGCGUUAAAAAGGAGUGUAAAUUCGUGAAGAGAUGUCAAAAUCAUUUUUUAGACGAACAACCAUCGACUUCUAAACAACAACAAUCAAGUUAUUAUUGUGGUAAAGAGGCGUCGACGAGCUAUCAAUUUCGAGAUGAAUUUAAAGAGAAGAAAAAAUUUAACGGGGCUGGAAAGAUCGAAAAAAGAAACUGUUCGGUACAAGAACAAUCGGUGAAGACGCCUAAAUUAGAUUUGAACGAAAUUAAAGACGCCCUGAAAGUUUUCGAUAAAAUUGAUCUCAGCAAGAGGCAAAACGAAGGUGGCGACGUUUUGCUUAAUGCCAUCCUGAGGAGUUGUCGCCUUCAAAACAACGAGGGCACAACUCUGCCGUGUGGCAAAGACAGUAGUACAAAUAACGACACUGUUGACGUUGUUCAAACGGGUAAAUGUGAUAAUAUGCUGAAUCGGUGUGAAAGCGGUGAUAUUUUUAGUUAUAAGACAAACAUUAGUAUGUACGUAGGUAGCAAUUGUGAUAACAAGGCCCAUAACAACAGUAGUAACGCUGGUAGUAAUGGCCACAGAUGCAAUAAACUUAGGGAACACUUUCCGAGGUUGUACAACGGAAAAGUUCGACAAAAAUUGGACUUUGACAACUUUCCCAGCAUUGACAAAAAAUAUAAUGAUGCUAAUAAAAUUAUCGACGAUACCAAUAAAUUAAACGGUGAAGAAAGGAUUGUUAAUGGCGAGAAAAAGUUUGUUGAACCAAAUAAGAUUGAGACGACGAAGAAAAUUAAUCAAAUAGUUGACGUGCCAUCAUCGAUUGAACAGGCGAAGUUUAGAAAAUCACUGGAUAAUGCGGCUUCUAUGGUUUUUCAUUCAAGAUCUGGAUUACCUUUAACUAGCAGUCCAGCUCCGGUACGACGAGGAAAAUGUUUUGAUUUCGAUUCCAGUAUUAAUUCAGUUUCUGCAAUUAAGAGCGCUUUGUUUGCGGAUAAUUUCAAUGAUGAAGACAGUGAGAGCGACGGUAGUGUCGUAUCUCCAAGAAGUCCGGAUGCGCACGCGCCUCCCAGGUUCGUCCCGGCUACGAAACGUUGCAAAAAACGGCACUCAUCGAAUUUGCUAGGAAGUUUUGAAGAAUCGGUUUUAAACGGCCGAUUGGAACCUGUUUCAACCGUUCAUGGAUUUAAAGCUGAACUUGGAGCGAGUGGUUCUUUUAUUCCUAAACAUCUAACCGUUCCAGUUACUGUGUUCUUUUACACUUUAGGAGACAACGAUAAAGUUUCAUCUCCAUAUUUGGGUCAUAUCAACUUGGGUAAAAAAGGAUACAAUGUACCUCCGACGGGAACUCUUCAAGUUACAUUAUAUAAUCCAUCUGGUACGGUAGUAAAGAUGUUUGUUAUAAUGUACGACCUAAGUGAUAUGCCUCCAAAUACCAAAACCUUUAUCAGACAGAGAACGUUGAAUAUUCCUGAUGAUUAUAAGAAUACCAACGAUCUUGAACUGAGUCCAAAGUGGCUGAGAUAUUUAAUACAUUUAAGAUUUAUGAGUUCAAAAUCGGGUCGAAUUUAUCUACACAGCGACAUACGUUUAGUGAUUUCAAGAAAAACCGAUUUGGACACAGCAACGGGUCACGGAGAUGGAAUGCACGAGUUACGCAGUUUCACCCACAUGCCCACAAAUCCAAAAUACACCUCGAUUAAGUAACAUGAGUCCGCUGCAGCGUUAGGUUCUUCUUCAUCUCCGGAACAUAAACCGAGAAGAACUUUAACCUAUUUGAAACUAAUAUGUUGUUCGGUAUAAAAGAAAUAAUUCAAAAAAAAAAAUAAACACUAAAUGUUAAUGGAGUUCAGAGAAGAGUUAUUUUUAACGCACAUUGACUAUUGACAUGCAACAUAUUUUGAUUUCAUAAAAAAAAUAUAGUGAAUGAAGCGAGUUAAUAGAAGAUGAGCGUUGGAUUUGAAAAAAAUUUAAAUAAAUUAAAUUAAAGCAAAAACGUGUUGUGCAGUAGGAAUAAAAAUAUCAGCAUUUUCUUCGUCGUUGUCGUCCAAGAGUAUCGUUGAGUAGUGGAAAUAGCUCAUUACUGCCAUUUCAAAUGUGUAUAAACACUAAUUAUUAUUAUACUUGGUUAACAAAUAACAAAAACAAUUAUUACUAUUAUUAUUAACUAUUAUUAUUGUAAAUAAUUUAUUUCGUUUAUUGUUUAUGUAUUUACUAUGCUGAGGGUUUUUAUAAUUCAUAACAUAAUUUUAAUAAUAAUAAUAUGUUAUGAAUUAAAGAAACUUUAUGCAUAACGUGAUUUUUAAAUUUUGCAACAAACUUACUCAAAUUAUCAUUUUGUUUGGAAACUUUUAGAGUAAAUUUGUUGCAAAGCUUAUAAAUUAUAUAUUGUCCUUAUAUUUCUUCUUUUAUUUUAUUACUUAUAAAAAGUUAAUUUUCACUCUUGUUACUUUAAUGGUAUUAAUCAAAGAUAAAUUUUUUUGGGGUUAUUAAUGUGGGAAAAUUAUUAUUAAAAAAAAAUAAAUAAAAAUUAGAUAGGAAGCUUGUUUGUGGUUAAAAUUAGGUUCGAUUUGGUUUCGUUUAAGAUAUCUUUCUUUAAAACAAAAAAAAAUACAAUUUAUUAUUUUGUAAAAAUUAUUUUUGGACGUAUCUAUUUUAGAAUACAGAUUGAUGGAGUUAUUAUGGAUUAAAACUUAACAGUGUUAGUACCAAUAAAGUUGUGAGUAAAACACUAGCAGGGCUUUCUCUCUGCAGCAAGAAUAAAUCAAUAUUUAUUAUACAUACAUAAUUUUUUUAUUAGAUGAUUCAAUAAAUGUGAGAAAUAGAUGGA